CAGUCAGUGAUCAUGACCAUAACCUAAAAAAGAAAGUUUGGCAUUUUGCAAUUUUUAUUUAUUUUUAUGGGUCAAAAAAGCUAAAAGUUUUUAAGCCAAAAUGGACAUAGGAAAAUACGAGAGCGGCAUAAGAAAUACCCAGGAAUGUUCCCGCUUAACCGCCGAUGUUUACUUUCUCAUACAAAGAUUUUUGAGUUCUGGUCCUUUAAAACGAACUUUACAAACACUCAAUGAAGAACUUCACGAACAUAAGAUUCUACCCAAAAGAAUUGAUUGGCAAGGAGAAGAACAUGAUCGAUCAAUUGAAGACAUGCAAAACCAGUAUCCACACAUUCACAAAGACUUUUUACAGUUUCUAUGUGCUCAGGCAUCGACCUUCUUAAAUCCCAACACCUCUGUGGUACCCUCAUAUCUCAGUUUUCGCCCUAAAGCCAAAACUAAAGAUGGAGUCUACAGCAAUUUUAAACAGUACUUUAAUUAUGUAGCAAGGAUACACGGGGCACCCAUACAUGAAUUAAAGUCAAGUUUUAAUAUUGUUAAUAGUAUCAGGGGAAGACAGAUAGGUGGAGCAAUAUCAAGACAACGCACAUACACUCCAAGACUGUACAAGGGAAUGCAAGUGCAAAGAACCACUAUAGGGCAUUUAUCAGCUGUUUAUUGUUUACUGUUUGACCAUUCUGGGAGGUUUAUUAUAACUGGAGCAGACGAUUUGCUUAUUAAAAUGUGGGCUACAUAUACUGGGAGGCUGGUGGCAGUUUUUAGAGGAGCCUCAUCGGAAAUCACUGAUAUUGCUAUUGACGCUGAAAAUACUCUUUUAGCUGCCGGAAGUAUUGAUAGGAUUUUAAGGGUUUGGAGUUUACAAACUGGUAGUCCCAUAGCAGUACUUACUGGGCACACUGGUAUGAUAACAUCUGUAAAUUUUUGCCCUACACCAUGCUGGGGAACCAGAUAUCUUAUCAGUACUAGUACUGAUGGGUCUAUUGCUUUUUAUGGAUAUCAGGCUGACUCUUCAGAUAAGUUUGAGUUCAGAAACACUCCCACUGUCUACCAAGAAAAAAUGAGGCCGGGACAGGCCCAAAUGAUUUGUUCCUCUUUUAGUCCCGGCGGCACCUUUUUGGCCACCGGUUCGGCCGAUCACCACGUAAGGGUAUACCACAUGAAAGGCGACGAAGGUCCGCAAAGGAUCCUGGAAACAGCCGCUCACACAGACCGGGUCGAUUCGAUCCAGUGGGGUCACUCGGGAUUGAAAUUCUUAUCGGGUAGCAAAGAUGGCACCGCCAAUGUGUGGUGGUUCGAGCGGCAACAGUGGAAGAGUGUCCAUUUGGAUAUGAGUGCAAAAUUACCCGAUGACAAACAAACUUCCGAAUCAGAUACAAAAAAAGGCAUUCGAGUAACCAUGGUGGCCUUUGACAAGUCAGACACUUCAGUUGUCACAGCGGUCUCGGAUCAUACUAUGAAGGUGUGGAACGCGUCUACCGGGCAAUUGGUGCGGAUUUUAACCGGUCACACCGAUGAAGUUUAUGUUUUGGAGCCGCAUCCUCACGACGAGGAUGUUAUUUUAUCUACCGGACAUGACGGGCAAUUACUAAUUUGGGACAUACACAAGGGCGAGAUCUUAUUUAAAUUUACCAAUACCAUUGAAGGUCAAGGUUUCGGAGCGAUUUUCGACGCAAAAUGGAGCCCAGACGGUUGCACAAUCGCCGCGAGCGACUCCCAUGGAGACAUUUUAACAUUCGGAUUCGGUACGGGCAGUCCAUUUUAUCAACAGCUUCCGAAAGAACUAUUUUUUCACACCGAUUACCGUCCUUUGGUGCGAGACCAAAACUACUGGGUAUUGGACGAGCAAACGCAGAUUCCGCCCCAUCUGAUGCCGCCCCCCUUUUUGGUCGAUAUCGACGGUAACCCUUAUCCGCCCAUGCUACAACGUUUGGUACCUGGCAGGGAACAUUGUAACGUGGAACAUUUGGUGCCGAAUAUCGUUAUUGGGAAUGAAGGUAUACAGGAGAUAAUACAGGAGGUUCCCAAUCACCAUCGGGCUUUGGAGGAUCUACUGGAGGAGGAAGAUGUUCGGGGUUCCGCUGGGGGCUCUAUGAGGAUUCAACGGAUAAGACAAAGUACAGGGGACUGGCAAACUGAUCAUACCAUUGAGUGGAAAAAGACUCUAUUGGUUCCUCCUUUACCAGCCUCUGUAUUACAGAGACUUAGGGAAAUCAGGCGCGUCCACGAGGACCUAGAAACGAAAGAAUACCAAAAACAGCUGAGAAAACGACCAUUGAUGAUUUCGACCGCAGGUCCGAGCACCGCAAAAGCCAAAGACAAAAAGAAACGGAUCACGAAGAACCCUAAAAAGUCGAAACCGUUCACGCCGAUUGAAGAACUUGACCCGAAUAAAUACGACGUGGUGCCCUUAAGUCCCGAAGAAUACGACGAAUCCUCGUUUAGCGAUUGGGCGGAGGAGGUUUCUGAACCGAGGAAAAGACGGGCUAAGAGGCGCAACAAUUAUUCGGAUAGCACCUCAUCGGAUAAUGAAGAUAGCAGUUUGGAUGUUACGUCACAAUCGGACGAGUCUGAUGAUGAUGAUGAUGUGGUCGAUCGGUCGCGGGAACGUAGGGAAAAGAAAAGGAAUCAUAGAGCUGCAAGGGAAAAAUCGAGAAGAAACUCGCCAAAACCGUCGACUUCAAAACAUGUCGCCGGUCCCUCCAGAGCGUCGGUACCGAAAAACCCGGUGAUCCCCAAGAAGGACCCGCAACCGAAAACGGGACAGACGGCCUCAAAGUCGAACCCAGCCGAACCGUCCACCAGUGGCGUAACCAAAGGUCCCAAAAUUAAAAUAUCCGAACAGUAUAAGCUUAGCGAAUGGUUGGCAGAAACGAGACCGCGAAAAUCCCCCUAUUAUCCACAAAUCCACGAUGAAAUCGUGUAUUUUGUACAGGGUCACAUCUUGUAUAUUGAGGCUGUGAAACAAAAGAGCGUAUAUGAACCCAACAUAAAAGAGCUCCCUUGGGUGAAGGGGAUGCAACUGAAAGACCACGAGUUUUGCAAAGUGAUCGGGAUAAGAUACGAAAUAAAACCGCCCAGAUUGUGCUGUUUGAAGUUGGCGUUGCAGGACCAAACGGGCAGGGCCACCGGUAAAACAUUUACCGUGAAAUAUCACGAUAUGCCGGACGUUUUGGAUUUUUUCGUGUUGAAGCAAAGUUUUCUGGCGGCCAGUUCCAGGGAUUGGCGAGAGGGAGACAAGUUCCGAUGCAUGAUCGAUGACAAUUGGUGGAUCGGGGAAGUAACAAACAAAUCACCCGCGAGCGAUCUCUAUCCGGACUCAACGUUCAUGUGCUACGAAAUUCAGUGGACCAACGGGGAACAGGAGCGGAUGAGCCCGUGGGACAUGGAGCAGAUCGAUGAAGAACGUGUUCCGGAGGAUGAAAAAGCGGCCAUUCCGGUACUGGCCAACGAACUGAGGGCCAUUUUAUAUAAACCGACCCCCGGCGAUUGGCCGAAUUGCGAGAGGGAUACGGCGUGUAAAAGUAUCGCUAGAGGAAUUACACAGGUUAUGGAGUUGGCUAUCGCAGAGCCCUUUUUGGUGCCCGUAGACAUAAACGUCUACCCUACGUACGCCCUUAUCGUAGAAUACCCCAUAGAUUUAUCAACUAUCAAAGCCAGAUUUGAAAAUAACUUUUACAGGCGUAUGGCAGCCGCUCAGUACGACAUCCGCUACCUGGAAACGAACGCGAUUAAAUUCAAUGAAAAAGGCAGCAUCAUAGUGAAACACGCCAAAAUUCUUACCGAAUUAUGUCUGAAGAUAGUGAAAAGCGGCAACAAUGCCAUCGAUAUCGCUUCGGUGUACCAUCAGUUGGUUAAUGGUUAUGACACGUCGAAUUCGGAGGAAGAAGUCAAUGUGGAGGACUUGGAACAACCAUCUACUAGCAGAGCGGUGAGACAUCUGCCUGUGCGCUCGUGGAAAUCUCCCGACGACUGGAAAAUCGAGGCGAGCGGCCUGCUAGAGCUGAUUUGGCAAACCGAGGACUCGGUGCCGUUUAGAGAUCCAGUCAACAAGUUUAAAUAUCCCACAUAUUAUCAGGUUAUUAAACACCCCAUGGACCUAAGCGUCGUAAAAGACAAACUUCAGAAAUCCAUGUAUACCGAACCCAAAGAAUUCUGCUCAGAUAUGCGACUUAUGUUCCAAAACUCCAGGACGUUUAACACUAAUAAACGCUCCCGGAUUUACGUGAUGACUGUACGCUUAUCGGCGAUGUUCGAAGAACACAUGAAAAAAAUCACUACGAAUUGGCGUAUAGCGAAAAAACGGAAACGCCACCUGUCGACCACCACCGAAGACAGCGACAGCGACCAAUCUAACGUUGCGCCGUCGCAAUCCCAGAUGACAAGCCCCGCCUCCGAAACCGUUAAAGUCAUCGUGGAACCAAUCGAGAGCCUGGAGAACGGUAACUACGGCAGCGACAACAGCGAAGACACGCCCCUUGGAGCGUUGUUGCCAAUACAGGAGGAUCCGUUGCCCGUUAUAGAGAACGGAUUUCUUCCGGAGGCCUCUACGAGCAGUCAAAGCCAAAGCAUAGACGAUUUCGAUCAUAAUUACACGAAUCAAAGGAUGGGAUUGCAUAGGAAAAGGGUAAAAGAGGAGGUUAAGACUGAAAAUGACAGACUACAGGGGGUAGCAGAUGAAGAGGAGGAGAGUUCCAGCGACAGUGACGAGCCUUUAAGCUUCCAUCAAACAAAAGGGAAGAAACUUAUUGCUACAAAAGAAUCUAGCAGCAGUAGUAGUAGUGAGGAAGAGUUCGUUCCGGAGGAUACGUCCGGAAGCAGUUCAAAGUCUGGCAGGAGAAGAAAGAAAUCUAGUUCAGACGAGGAGUUUGUGGUAAACAAACGGGCACGCAGGAGAAAACGAGCUUCCUCCUUUGUAGUCGAAGAGGAUGAUGAUGAAGAGGAGGAGGAAAUGGAGGAAUCUUCAGACGGUUCUAGUUCUGAUGACGACGUGCCGCUAAAACCAGCCCCUCCCUCAAGAAGAGUAAGGAGAAGGACUCGAAAGAGUAACAGCGAUAGCUCCAGUGAAUCAUCGUCGGACUCGAAUCAGCCGAAACCGAAGAGAAAAAGACGAAAAGUCUUACUGAGCGAGAGCAGAGAUUCGGAUCAAGACGCGAGAGUUUCGCGCCGCGAGGACUCUUCGGGUUACUUCGGGAACGUGAGCAGUAGGGGCCGAGUGCGCAAAAUCACCGAGAGGGCCGCAGCCUUCUUGAAAAAGUCCGGAUGAUGACCGUACGCGUUACAGUGGAAGAUCGCCGUUUAUCGUUUAAGUUUAAACCACGUUCGGACCCAAAGAUUAUGAGGAUGCUGAGACGGUCGAGCGGGCUGACGUUACAGCAUUAGCAAUACGAAACGAAACUGCCGUGUACAGAUGUAUCAUGAAGAUAUAUUUUUUUAACGUUUUAAAGUUCGUGUUAGUUCGGUUUUAAUUUUUAAGUGCGCGCGCAUAUUACCGCAACCAAAUGUAAUAUUUUCUUUUUCUUGAGUUGUUCUUGGUGACCAAUAAAGUUAUUGUUCAGUCA